ACAGCGCGCGCAGCUCCCUCGGAUUUGGAGGAAGCCGCUGUCAUCCGGCGGCUGCUGAGAUUACGCGGCCACAAUCAGUCGCUGUCUGUGGGAAGAACAUGCGUCGCCUGUCCGUGCUCUCGCUCGUCGGUGGGAACAGGUUCGGUUCGUCGACACGGUGCUUUUACGGGAUUUACCGGAGGACGGCAGCAGAUGAUGGUCGGUGGUGAACCUGAGGGGCCUUCCAGCCGUUUGCAGAGCGGAUCUCCGGACUCGCCGUGACCAUGGACUCGUACGGGCCUCCGCUCGACCGCAGCCAUUCGCUGGCGAGUGGCCUGGAGAAGAGCUCGCCGACAUGGAGGAAGCCCUCCCACUCCCGCAGCAGCAGCACCCUGUCGUCCCGACACUCCAGGCAGAUUAUCAAGGACUGGGAAGUGGUUGACGACCUGCAUGUAGAGAUGCACAUCGGAGGGGAAAUGACCCCCCCGGGCAUCUGUGAAGGCUACCUCCUCAAGAGGAGGAAGUGGCCCCUCAAAGGGUGGCACAAGCGCUACUUCGUGCUGGAGGCCGGGAUUCUGCGCUACUCCAAACACCAGCACGACGUUUCCAGGGGACGAGUGCAGGGCUCGCUGGACGUGAGCCGCGCCGUCAUGUCCAUCAACAAGAAGUCCAACCGCAUCGACCUGGACGCAGGCGACAUCCUGUAUCACGUGAAGGCAAAGAGCCACGAGCUCUUCUACAUCUGGGUCACCAAGCUCCAAGCCCACCGCCUGUUUAAGAAGAGCGAGGCGGCGCCGGUCCACGCGCCGGCCCACGGCGCCGCGGCCGAGCGGGCCCAGAGGAACGGGGCGGUGACCGCGAGCUCUGCGGGACUGGGAGGAUCCGCCGCCGCCUCCGAGGUGCUGCCCUCGGCCGACGCCGCCGUCAACAGCAAGGUGUCCGCCUGGCUGCGGCAGAGCCACGAGCCCGACGCCUGCGCGCAAGAACUCAACCGCUGCCACUUGGACCUCUCCGAGAUAAACCGCCUGAUCCAGAGGCUGCAGGCGCUGGAGGCGGGCCAGACCUUCACCAACGGGGAGCUGCAGCGGAUCAUCAGCACACAGAACCUGUCACUGGAGAAGCCCAAGAAGUCGAAGUCGGGGAAGAUGUGGGGCCACUCGCGCACUCUGUCCACGGUGGAGGCGCUGGGGAUGGUAAGACUGGUUUGUGAGCAAAGACACUGGUGCUACUGGUACAUGUUUAACCGACUACUCCUGUUUACACCAAAUCAUACGCUGGGCUGUGUCUUUAAUCCCAAGCCUAUUCGUGGGAUAACUAAAUCGCUGUCCUCCAGCCACCUGAGCAGCUCGUCUCACCUCGGGGCCUCGGUCCCCUCCAUCCCAGACUACGUCUACUCGCAGCUGUCGCCUCAGACGGCCGCGUCGCCCGAGGGCAGGAAACUCCAGCAGGAUAUCUGCUCCAUGUCGCUGCGAGUACUUGCUUCGCUGAAGUCGGUUCAUGAGACUUUGUCCCAGGAGAGGCAGAAGCUGCAGGAGACCUGGGAGCAGAACCACCUCCAUCAGCUGAACCCGUUACCUGAGGUAAGGCAGCCUGGGCUCCGGCUGCACCCUGGGCUCCGGCUGCACCCUGGGCUCCGGCUGCACCCUGGGCUCCGGCUGCAGACCGACGCCUCACUCUUCCUUCCUCCCCAGCCGGCAGCUGCCAGGGCUCCGUCCCGCAGAGCUCCCUCCGUGGCGGACUCGGCCGCCGAGUACUUCGACGCCAGCGACGACGUCCUCUGCGGCAGCUCCUCUGAGGCGUCGGACGAGUCGGGCCUGAGCGACGGCAGCACCAGCAACUCUGAGCCCGACGACGGGCACGCUUCGGCCACGCGGAAGUACCGGGCCAGCAUCUCCAGGACCCCGAACAGCGCCGUGCCCAAAAGCACCGGACGCAGAACCGCGCUGCCCGCCCACUGUCCCGACAACAGCCACGUGGGCCUCAUGGCCAUCCUCUACAACAACAUCGGGAAAGACCUGGCCCGGGUCUCGAUGCCGGCGCCGCUCAAUGAGCCCGUCAACCUGCUGCAGAGGCUGUGUGAGGAGCUGGAGUACAGCGAGCUGCUGGACACGGCCAACGCCACGGCCGACCCCUUCCAGCGGAUGGUCUACGUCGCCGCCUUCGCCAUCUCCGGCUACUCCACCGCUACGUUCAGGAACCGCUACAAGCCCUUCAACCCGGUGCUGGGGGAGACGUACGAGUGCGUCCGGGAGGACCGCGGCUUCCGCCUCAUCAGCGAGCAGGUCUGCCACCACCCGCCCAUAUCGGCCUGCCAUGCAGAGUCCGACAGCUUCAGCUUCUGGCAAGACCAGCGAUGGAAGAAUAAGUUCUGGGGGAAGUCGGUGGAGAUUCUGCCCACGGGGAUGGUGAAUGCGACCCUGUCGAGGUACGGAGACCACUACGAGUGGAACAAAGUGGUGACCUGCAUCCACAACGUCUUCAGCCAGCAGCGCUACCUGGAGCACUACGGCGAGGUCACCAUCGGGAACCUCAACAGCAACGUCUGCACCUGCAGGAUCACCUUCGUCAAGUCUCGAUACUGGAGCUCGGACUCGAGCAAGAACGAGGUGCAGGGCACCGUGCUGGACCAAAGCGGGAGCGUGAUCCACCGCUUCGGGGGUCUGUGGCACGAAGGCAUCUUCUGCGACACUCUGCCCACUCCCAAAUGCGUCUGGAAGCCCCAUCCCCAGCCCAAGGAUUACCUGCUGUAUUACGGCUUCUCCACCUUCGCCAUGGAGCUGAACGAGCUCACCCCAGACCUGGAGCCGCUCCUGCCCCCGACCGACAGCCGCCUGCGCCCGGACCAAAGGAUGCUGGAGGAAGGACGGGUGGACGAGGCGGACAGGAUGAAGGACGAGAUCGAGGAGAUUCAGAGGGAGCGGAGGAAGGAGCUGGCCAAGCGGGGCGAGGAGCACGUUCCACGGUUCUUCAAGAAGUCCAAAGACUCCUGUGGACGGGACGUGUGGCUGACCAACGGGACGUACUGGAAGCUCCGGGACGAUCCGGGGUUUGCUAACACCGAGAACCUUAUUCUGUGGUGACGACGGCAGCAGAACCCUGGAGGGAACGAGUGGAUACGGGGGCGGCAGAAAUGACCCGCCCGCAGAACCGUGAAGGGUGGAGAUGCUGCGUCUCCGCCCCCCCAUGACUGGCUCAUGGGAACGACUCCACCGAGAGGCGUUUUUUAAUUAGAUAUCUUCUGUUUGAGCGACGGACACCAUGUAAACGAUGGAUCGGCCUCUUUACCUGCUGGAGUCAGUGCGAACACCAGCUGUGUCUGGACAAGAACAAGCAGCAACCGUCGAAUGUCAAACGAGGAUGUGGAAACCGUUCUUUUACAGCCUCUUAACAUGAAUAUUUACCUCAGACCAAAAGCUGGGCUGAAACAGAGGCGUUAUUAUUCUUCUGUAGCUGCAGAUCAUUGGUGGAGUAGUUUUAAGCAAACAUUUCCACCUUCCAACCAGCAUAUAUACAGUACUGUAACACCUGAGAUGUUAAAUGUUUAGGAGCUGGUUGGCGACAAACCCCGGUUGAUGGAGGGUUGUGCGGUUCACUGCCCUGUGUAUGUGCCUAUGAUGAGAUAAACGAGCCGCCCUGCUAAUCAAGGCUUCAGGAUCUACUGUAAAUGAAGCACAGACAAACUGAGUGGGACCACACUGAUACAAUGUCAACGUAAAUCAAUUCAAAUUUGGAAACAGGAAUAUAUCUUUAAAAAGUAAAAGUUUAAAAUUAAAAAAUGUAAGAAUCUGAUUUUAACAAACCAGGAGUUCAUUAAAAACUCAAUUUCACUACGUUUCAGUGAGAUUCCAGUGUAACAAUGAUUCUGUGUCAGUGCAACAAAUUCAAAGCAAUAUUUGAAUGUUUUUUAUUGAAUUGUUUUGAACAAUUAAUUAACAAGUAACAAUUAAUUUAAUUAAUUUACCAAUAUUCAAUAUGUGUUUAAAAAUAAGAAAGUCUAUAUAUAUAUAUAUAUAUGUUAAAGGAGCUGGUGGAAAACAUGAAUAUACUGUACUGUAAUUAUACAGUACAUUAAAUUUUCAACAUCUCACUUGUGGAUCAAAUAAUUUAUUCAACUGCAUUUUCCAGUUUCCUGCAAUUUGAACAAGAAAUAGGACAAUCAGCCCCUAAAAUAUUAAAUAUCCAAAGAAUGCAUCCAACCUGGGGACAUUAUCUUGUAAGCUUUAAUUUCAUGAAUAAAAAAACAAUAAUACAUUACACAGUUAAGCCAGUAUUAAUAAAUAACACUUUUCCCUUUCCAAAA